AAGUGAAAAAACAAAAUCAAACGAAGCGAUUUGAGGUCGAAGGCCGCGAAUCGUGCCCCUGUUUCUGGAUUCACGAUGGAUUCCAUAAUACCCCGGUUUAGGUGCUUUGCUGAAAGCGCUUUUUAGUUUUCUACUUCUUCACUGCCUGCCUAUUUUCUGCAUCUGCUUCUUCCUUCGUGCUUGCCAUUGCAACAAUGGACGAUUGUAUAAAGCAAGAACCUUGUGAUACUCCCAAUGUGCAUAACUCCAGGCCGAAAACCAACGUUGCUUCGACCUUCCCUGACACUGUUAUCGAACUCAGCAGCAGCAGCAGCGACUCCGAUUCAGACGUCGAUUUGGAUAGUUUAAUCGGCACCAACAUCGUCUCAGCUUUUUCAAGAGGGGAAACUGGCACGCGUGGGGCUUCAGUUGCGAACCAUGGAGGUAUUUUAAAGAAGCGCAAGACGAAUGAGGGUGGAAUCGUUUUACCCCUCGGAUUUCUUAGUCCUCUUCCCUCGGAAACAUCGCAGCCGACGCUGAGAUUGCCAGCUCCUGAGUUGCCUUCUACUUCGAUACAUGCCAAUGGGAGCCGAGACUUAAAUGUGCGGUCCAAAGCCCAGAGCUGCAAGCAGUUCUGGAAGGCCGGAGACUAUGAGGGAGCGAUUAGUGAUGGUUGGGAUUCUUCAUCCGUUGGCAUGGAUCAUGUCAGAGUUCAUCCAAAGUUUCUACAUUCUAAUGCCACAAGUCAUAAAUGGGCUCUUGGAGCUUUCGCAGAGCUUUUGGAUAACUCAUUGGACGAGGUUUGUAAUGGGGCUACUUUUGUUAACGUUGAUAUGGUUGUCAAUAAAAAAGAUGAUACAAGGAUGCUGCUGGUUGAAGAUAAUGGAGGUGGAAUGGAUCCAGAUAAAAUGCGUCAAUGCAUGUCACUGGGUUAUUCUGUGAAAAGCAAAUUAGCAAAUACUAUUGGGCAAUAUGGAAAUGGUUUCAAAACAAGUACCAUGAGACUUGGGGCUGAUGUAAUUGUGUUCUCACGCUGGCAAGGGAAAGAAGGAAAGAGCUCUACGCAGAGUAUUGGCUUGUUGUCCUACACGUUUUUGAGGGGUACGGGGAAGGAAGACAUUGUAGUACCCAUGCUUGACUACGAAAGAGGAGGUCAAGGCUGGAAUAGGAUGAUACGAUCUUCGUGGGGUGAUUGGAAUAAAAAUGUUGAAACAAUAAUUCGGUGGUCACCUUUCUCCAGUGAAGAGGAUCUUCUUCGUCAGUUCAAUAUGAUGAAAGCUCAGGGAACACGGAUAAUUAUAUACAAUCUCUGGGAGGAUGACCAAGGUCAACUGGAACUUGAUUUUGAUGCAGAUCCACAUGAUAUUCAAAUCAGAGGUGUGAACCGUGAGGAGAAACACAUAGAGAUGGCUAGAGAGUUUCCCAACUCAAGGCACUUCCUUACGUACCGACAUUCGCUGAGGAGCUAUGCGUCAAUUUUAUAUCUGAGGCUUCCUCCAGGCUUCAGAAUUAUUCUUCGUGGGAAAGAUGUUGUGCAUCACAAUAUUGUGAAUGAUAUGAUGAUGUCUCAGGAGGUUACGUACAGGCCACAGGCAGGCAUAGAUGGAGUUCCAAAGGAUUUAAAUAUGGUUGCUGUUGUGACUAUCGGAUUUGUCAAGGACGCAGUUCAUCAUAUUGAUGUUUCCGGUUUCAAUGUUUAUCACAAGAAUCGACUCAUAAAGCCCUUCUGGAGGAUCUGGAAUCCUGCUGGCAGUGGUGGGCGAGGGGUCAUAGGAGUUUUAGAAGCUAAUUUUGUGGAACCAGCUCAUGAUAAGCAAGGCUUUGAGCGUACGAUAGUUCUAUCAAGACUAGAGACGCGAUUAAUACAAAUGCAGAGGAGUUAUUGGAAUUCAAACCGCCAUAAAAUUGGUUAUGCUUCAAAUCAUAGUAAUAAUCCACAGGCUGAGAGGGCAAAUAGAGAGACAUCUCCUGAUUAUACUCCAGGAUCAUCUCAAUCAAAAGGAAAUACUCUGCUUCAAGCAGCAAAGCCACGAACUGCAUCAGACAAAGAGGAACAGAAAGGAAAUAUUGGCGUGUUAGCCUCUUCUAAAAGAAGUGGAAAGAAACAAGGUUUAUAUGAGCUGUCAAUUUCCGAAGAGGAAAAUAGUGAUGAAGAUCAAGUUGUUCACCCUAAGAAACUAGCAAGUGAAGAGAAGCAGAAGAUAUUUCAGGCCGAGAAAUCUCUUGAUAAAGAGGAUAGUUUUCUACAAGAUAUCACAUCAAGUGGAAGAACCUUUAAGUUCCCAAGAGGAUCCAAGCCAAAGGGAAAAGAUGUCAGUGAAUGCCAUUACCGAACUUCUGAUCCUGAUCUAUGCACUUUGGAGCAGUUGAAAGAAGAGAAUCGGGACUUGAAAGAAAGAUUAAGUAAGAUGGAGGAAGAAAUUAUCGGAGAAUUAAGGCGGGAUUUGCAGCGCGAAAGGGACAAAUGCAAGUCUCUUGAAACUCAGCUCCAGGCUGCAGAGAAGACGAUUGAAGAAUUGAACAAGGAACAAGAAACUAUAAUUGAUGUAUUCACUGAAGAAAGGGAUCGACGAGAUGCUGAGGAGAAAAAAUUGCGAAAGAAGCUACAGGAAGCAUCUGAUACCAUCGAAGAGCUUCGUGACAAGGUAAGGCUGCAAGAAAAGAGGCUUUCAAGUGGUAAGCUAGGACGAUGAGAUCAUGGCUUCUGACUACGAGGCUCCUGACACGAUUGGCGGAUAUUACUAAUUUGUUCAUCAACUUCAUUGGCUGCCUAUGGGUUGAUCCCCCGUAUAUAGACUGACUGACCGACCGACCUUGGUUAUCAAAUGUUGCAUAGCUCAGGUCAUGGGUGGCCGGUUUUGAACUGGAAAGUUGAUGAUGCUCACUGGUAUAACUUCUGUAUAUAUAGAUUGAUUUAUUGUUUUGCUCCCCUGGCGCUGUGUUCGUUAGCAUUCAUUUUGCGAAGUAAAAGUAAAUGCUGCCUUUUUCUUUAGUGUCUGUAUUCAUUUGAUGGUCCAUAGGGAAAGAUGUCACAGCCCUUAGCCCACAACAUUCUAACGCUUCAUUCGACAGGUGGAUUCUCCUUUUCCCCCCCUUUUUGUUUGUAGAAUGGGGAACUGAAAGCUUCAUCAAAAAUCAGUUCACACUUCACAGUUGAGUUGAGGCUCAUCUUUCAUGUUUUUUUAA